UGUGUAAGAUGUGAGAUUGUGUGUGUGUUUGUUUAUUUUAUUAGUUGGUGUGUGAAUUGUUUUUAUCACGGGAUUUUCAAGGGGGGACAAUUAGGUUUCUAGAGGUCAGUCAAGCAGUUGGAGAGCUGACCUGGUCUGAGUAGGGUGCUGGUGUUUUGUGUAUUUCAUAAGAGUGAUAUAAUUGUGUGCUUUAUUAAGUAUUAAAGUAUUAUCGAUAUUCAUGAAUAUAAGGAGUUAGAGUUGAUGUAUACAAAGUGUUCGUAUUUGAGUAAGCAAGUAUUGACAAGUGUAAUUGAGAAUCAUACCCUAGAUUAUCGAGCCAUAUGAUAGCGUCAUUCAUACCAACCAGAGCUGAAUAGAUAAAGUCGGUCGGUCUAUAGAUUAAGUUCAAGCAGUUUCAUCUCACAUUUGAUUUUACUGCACUGAAAACAGAAUAUAAUCUCUACACAAUCGCUUCUCCACACGUGGGACUGAUCCUUCCUAGUAGGUUACGGCUUCAACUCAGUCAAUACAAUUGAUUUCCGCAAAAUCAAACUUCUGAAGAUUUUCGUUGACACCACAGUGGACGUCAUUUCUGGAUGUUCUCUUACAUUGUACAAUCAUGAGAUCCAUUCGUAUACUUUGGACAAGACUUAGAAGGCUAGCUCCCAUUGGUCAGAUAUUUCUUGUCUUGGUCUACUUUGUGGCUAUUGUUUACUUUAUCGUACUCUAUGCCAGCCCACAUGGCGUCAUACGCAUGAAUAGGAAUGAAAAUUUGGAUCUACACACGAAUCAAACCCGAAACAAAUCAUCUAGAUCUACAUCUACAGAACACCAAUUUAAUGACACAAUCGCCAAGAAACUAAAAGAGAAAGUUCGACUUUUGGUCUGGGUCAUGACGACCCCAACUAAUCUCAACACCAAAGCUAAAGCUGUAAAGGAAACUUGGGGUCCCAGGUGUAACAAGCUUUUAUUUUUCAGUUCCGAAGAAAACAGUUCUUUCCCAGUGAUUGGACUAAACGUCUCAGAAGGGCGAGCUCAUUUGACUGCUAAGUCUUCACAAGCCUGGAUGUACAUCUACAAGAAUCAUUUCAAUGAUGCCGAUUGGUUUAUGAAGGCUGAUGACGACACAUAUGUUAUUGUAGAAAAUCUGAGAUACUUCUUGUCUGACAAAAACUCCAGCGAACCUCAUUACUUUGGGCACACCUUUAUAUAUUAUAAUUUUACAUACUACAGCGGAGGUUCUGGCUACGUGAUGAGUAAAGAGUCUCUAAGAAAGAUCAACGAAGAUGGCUAUGCUAAAAAGCUUUGUGACGAGGACGGGUCAUUUGAAGACUACAGAAUGUCCAAGUGUAUGAAAGUGGUUGGCGUGCGAACUGUCAAUACAGUGGACGACCAUGGACGAAACAGAUUCAACUGUCUCUCCAUGCAGUCUCAUUUAAAUGGAACAUAUCCGCCCUGGUAUUACAAAUAUGAUAUUAACGGAGCCAAGAAGGGUAAAGACAGCAUCAGCAACUACGCCAUCAGUUUUCACUACGCCAAGCCAGAGAUGAUGUACAUACUUGACUUUGUUCUUUAUAACCUGCAAGUCUACGGGAUAAACCAGCACUGAAAAUGUGUACAGAAUUCAAAGCUACCUUAAACCAGCACUGAAAGUAUUUAGAGAUUUCAAAGCUACCUUAAACCAGCACUGAAAGUAUUUAGAGAUUUCAAAGCUACCUUAAACCAGCACUGAAAGUAUUUAGAGAUUUCAAAGCUACCUUAAACCAGCACUGAAAGUAUUUAGAGAUUUCAAAGCUACCUUAAACCAGCACUGAAAGUAUUUAGAGAUUUCAAAGCUACCUUAAACCAGCACUGAAAGUAUUUAGAGAUUUCAAAGCUACCUUAAACCAGCACUGAAAGUAUUUAGAGAUUUCAAAGCUACCUUAAACCAGCACUGAAAGUAUUUAGAGAUUUCAAAGCUACCUUAAACCAGCACUGAAAGUAUUUAGAGAUUUCAAAGCUACCUUAAACCAGCACUGAAAGUAUUUAGAGAUUUCAAAGCUACCUUAAACCAGCACUGAAAGUAUUUAGAGAUUUCAAAGCUACCUUAAACCAGCACUGAAAGUAUUUAGAGAUUUCAAAGCUACCUUAAACCAGCACUGAAAGUAUUUAGAGAUUUCAAAGCUACCUUAAACCAGCACUGAAAGUAUUUAGAGAUUUCAAAGCUACCUUAAACCAGCACUGAAAGUAUUUAGAGAUUUCAAAGCUACCUUAAACCAGCACUGAAAGUAUUUAGAGAUUUCAAAGCUACCUUAAACCAGCACUGAAAGUAUUUAGAGAUUUCAAAGCUACCUUAAACCAGCACUGAAAGUAUUUAGAGAUUUCAAAGCUACCUUAAACCAGCACUGAAAGUAUUUAGAGAUUUCAGAGCUACCUUAAACCAGCACUGAAAGUAUUUAGAGAUUUCAAAGCUACCUUAAACCAGCACUGAAAGUAUUUAGAGAUUUCAAAGCUACCUUAAACCAGCACUGAAAGUAUUUAGAGAUUUCAAAGCUACCUUAAACCAGCACUGAAAGUAUUUAGAGAUUUCAAAGCUACCUUAAACCAGCACUGAAAGUAUUUAGAGAUUUCAAAGCUACCUUAAACCAGCACUGAAAGUAUUUAGAGAUUUCAAAGCUACCUUAAACCAGCACUGAAAGUAUUUAGAGAUUUCAAAGCUACCUUAAACCAGCACUGAAAGUAUUUAGAGAUUUCAAAGCUACCUUAAACCAGCACUGAAAGUAUUUAGAGAUUUCAAAGCUACCUUAAACCAGCACUGAAAGUAUUUAGAGAUUUCAAAGCUACCUUAAACCAGCACUGAAAGUAUUGACAGAAUUCAAAGCUACCUUAAACCAGCACUGAAAAUAUGUACAGAAUUCAAAGCUACCUCAUAGAUAAUGAGAACACUGGAUCUACGUGUAUCUGUUAAUGUAUAAAUAUUUUUUUCAAAUACCUCUAUUCAAGUCACACAAUCAUGGAAGGCAGACGCUGAUCUCGAGUACUGCUCAAACGAUUUUCCUAUGCAUUUAACAGUUUUUGUAUAUCGCUGAGAAAAGAAUUACUAGCUCGUUGGCCACAUGGGAAAAACUCUGGUUUGACCAUUAUAGUUUUUCAAAGUAAAAAUCCUUGGGAUUGCCUA